CUGUGAACUUCAGCGUGACUUUAGCGACACACGCAGGGGUUAAAAACAACUCUUUACAAACUUUCAACUGUAUUAACGUUGAGCAAACGCUGUGGAGAUUUAAGCCCGAUGUGUUUGGCUCAUAGCCCGUGUUUCUGAUUUAUACCAUAUGCCACAUUAGUUUAAUUAACAGAGGGAAUAUAUAUUUUUUUCUAUAUUUUAUUUUUGAAAUAACUUUAUUGGCUGUGAUAUUGUUUCUUAGCCACGUGCAGGCUCCCCCACAACCGAGUUUAUGUGCGUUGCUGUAAAAAGCAAGCACAACCAGGUUAAAAUUGAGUCACUGAUCGGUGAAUGUUGAAAAAAAUGUCACUUAAAAUGUCACUAAAGACAAAGAAAUAAGAAAGACGUCGGUAACUGUCACCCACUGGUGACAUGUCCGCGACUCAGAGCUUCCCAGCUUGUCAGGUAUUAACAGAGCGAGUGUGAUUAAAUGUGGGAGGUUGGAUCUGUGAGGCUGGCGGAGAGAGCUGCUGCCGCUGCGAGCUGGAACCUACUGAAUGGGAAUCUAUCCGGCAACUUCAGCACACCGCUGUCUCUCAGCGACACGGGGGCUCUGCGUAAAACCAAGCGGCGCGUCUCCAAGUCUGGCUCAGCCCAACUCACGGACGGAGAGGACGCUCAAGUUGGAUCGAGCGAGCAGGUUUUCACUUGUUAUCGGCGCUCGGCUCCCACGAACAUGCCUGCCAUCAAAAAGGAGAGACUGGAUGGAGACGACAUGGCAUUGACCGCCUUCAACCAGUCCGAAUACUUGGCCCCUUUAAAUGCCGCCGCCAUCCCCGUGGUGACCCCUCAUCCGCCGCCCUACGACCACAUUUUCGCCCAUCACCGCGCGUACUUGGGGCUCCACGACUCGGCGGCGCUGCAUCACCAGCAUCUCCACCAUCACACGGACGACUUAAUGCUGGAGAGGUUCUCCUCCAUCCCCGACUUUCAGCCCUUCUUCGACAACGGGGAGCCGUGCAUCGAGGUGGAGUGCGGGGAAAACAAGGCUUUGCUUUAUAUCAAUAAACUGUGCCAAGGCAGCAAAGGACCUUCAAUUAAGUACCGGGGUGAGUGGCUCACCCCCAAUGAGUUCCAGUUUGUCAGUGGACGAGAGACUGCUAAAGACUGGAAACGGAGUAUUAGACACAAAGGGAAAAGUCUUAAGACUCUCAUGUCCAAAGGAAUCUUACAGGUGCACCCUCCCAUCUGUGACUGUCCUGGUUGUCGAAUUUCAUCUCCAGUGAAUCGUGGGCGCUUGGCUGAAAAACGCACCAUUCCCCUUCCCCCCAACCGGGUGCCCAAGAAGGAGCUGGCCUCCAUCUUCAGCAGUGACGACAGUGAAGGCAGCGAGCGGGCCAGUAGUGAUCAUGCCCACAUAAAACAAGAAGACGAAUUGCAUUAUAGUAUCAUGAAAAAGAGUCGUGACAGUGAUCUCUCUUCAAUCAUUUCCAACCUGCACCACACCAGACAGCACGGCAUGCCCGAGGGCCACUCAGCCUCUGACCACAACACCAGUACGGGAAACACAGAUGCCCUUCUAGGCAAGAGGAGAAGCUUCUCUCCCAGCAGCAGCAGCGAGUGUCCCUCUGACAGCAAGAAGUCACGUAGCGUAUCCCCCAAAGAAAACUCCCAGAGUCCGGUGGUGGAGGCAGGCGGCAGCCACGGCCACAUGAGCCCCGAGGAUCACUACAGGCGCAUGAUGUCAGCGCUCAACGAGCACGGGUCCUAUGAGGAGCAGCAGCAGCGCCUCUACCAACUGGCUAGCAGCAUGGGUCUGCCGGGCCACGAGUUACUGCGUGCCCGUCAGGAGGCAUUGGCUGCAGCUGUGAGGAAUCCAGUGGCCUUAGAAGCUCAUCUGCCCUCGGCGGGCAGUUCCUCAUCAUCCAGCCAGAGAAGAAAGCAAGGUCUACCACAGCACCGGGAUGCACAUUACGCCGACAGAGAAAUGUCCCACCCACCGCCCCUACUCUCGCCUCCAACGGCCCCUCACAUUGCCUUAGGACCUCACCUGCGGCCUCCUUUUCUGGGCAUGCCUUCUGCUCUUUGCCAGGCCCCCGGAUAUGGUUUCCUCCAACCGGCUCAAGCUGAAAUCUUUGCACGGCAACAGGAGAUGUUGAGGAAGCAGAAUCUGGCCAGACUCGAGAUGUCAGCAGAGCUGCUGAGACAGAAGGAGUUAGAAAGUCUCCACCAGCGACAGCAGCAGCAGCAGCGGCUUCUGGGCUCUGACUCUCUGGGGGCUCUACCUCAUGGGCUGCCCCCUGACCAUCCGGCCCUGCGGAGCCUCCACGACAUCCCGGAGGGCCAUCCUCUCCGCGAGGAACUGGCACGCCGCUCAAACGCAAUGCUGGUGCUUCGCCAUGGGGCUGCCGCACCCCUCCUAACACUCAACCACCAGCAGCAACAACCGGGAACAUCCUCCACACCCAAAGACACCCUGGCACAGAGCUCCACUGCUGGGCUAGAUGCUGAAUCCAGGAAGGCCCUCCACAGGGGUCCCCAGCUCCAGCUCCGUGCUGGGGACCACACAGGAGGAAGAGAGGAUAGGGGGCGGCAGGGAGACAGGGAGGUGCACGAUGAGGAGAUGAAGGACUCAGACAGUGAGACAGAGAUGUGCACGGAGAGACAGGAGAGCAUCGUUGCCAAGUCAGCGAGUAAACCCAGGGACAGAGAGAGAAAUGUGGGUAAAGAGACUGGCAGCAAGGGAGUGUGUGACAAUGCCAAGGAGACUGGAGAAAGCUCAGGCAGGCUGAGUGCCCCGUGUAGCUCAGCAGGUACAGAGUCACCCAGUCGCCUCUUUACCCCGGGACUGAGUAAGGCGGAUGUCAAGUACCACCUGCCACCUGGGUUCAUGCCGCCACUGCCUGCACUUCACGCCCAGUCGUUCCCUUUUGGAUUCCCAUACCCCAACCCUUUCUUUCACACGGGCUCUGUGGGAGGUCUUUUCAUGGAUGGGGAGGACUCGGCCACGGCAAAUCCUGUGGAGGACAUCAGCAAGUGGAGUGUGGAGGACGUGUGUGGCUUCAUAAGCAGCCUGGCCGGAUGUGCUGAAUAUACACAGGUGUUUCGGGAGCAGGCCAUUGAUGGAGAGACAUUACCGCUGCUCACUGAGGAGCACCUGCUCAACACCAUGGGACUAAAGCUGGGGCCUGCGCUCAAGAUCCGCUCACAGGUGGCACGUCGUGUUGGCAGGCUCUUCUACAUGACCGGAUUUCCCUUGGCAUUCCCGUUUCCACCUUCUGCCACUCUGCGCCACACAGACCAGGAUCCCCUUACCACGCCAUCGGACACGCCCCUGCCCCUCUCUCUGUCCUUUCCCCACAGACCCAUCUCCACCAGCAGCAGCUCUUCUCCCUACAGUGGUCCCACUCCCGGGUGCUCUUCCCCAAAGCAGGAAAAUGGUAAUGGUUCCACGGUGGCCGGAAGAUACGAGGCCAAAACACCCUCGUAGGAGCUGAAAGGCAGGGGUGAAGAGAGCAGUCCUGCCUCAAACCAGCCCGAGAGCCAAGGGAAGAGGGGGGGUGGGGGUUAACCUGAACCACAGAUCAACUCCUAAGCUCUAUUUACAAGACGCUCGCACCUUGGGACCUUCAUGCUAAAAUUUAUGGGAAAAUAUUGGACUGGAAUAAAAGGGACCUGGACAAUAAGUACCACAUCCGGUAAAACAAUCAGUCCGAGUUCUCCUGCAGUGGCUGUAACCAAGCAGAAUCCAAAGAAACUGGGUUGGAAGGGAGACACGUGAAGCAACAGAGGAACAGAGAAAGAGAAAAAGGAGACAGCUGGUCACAGACCGCCUGCCAAAAAAAGGAGCGAAGCCUGCCACAAAUGCGACAUUCUUGCAAGUCAGACAGUCAGACGCUAGCGGAAACUCUUCCUUCCUUCCUGGGCUGGAGGAAGGUCUGCUAACUCGUUUUCUCUAGUCUGUAUCUCUCACCACAAGCCCUGCAGAACCCAGGAAUUAAGACAAGAUGCCUCGCCCCUCUUUUCUCUCCUUCCCUUCCUCCUGCUCACUCACUUCCUGAAGCCAAACAGCAGCGUGGAGCUGUCUUUUUUAGAGACUGGAGCAGUUUAAGCAUAUGCUGAGCAGCACCAGCUCUGACCGGCUCCCGCUUAUCACUGCAACUAUGCAUUCCACUGUCCCAAUACCAAAGAUGACCGGAUGUGUGGAAUUGGAUCCAUGUUUCAGUGCGUCUGCUUCUUUUUGCAUUAAUUGUCUAAAUCAAAGACUGGUCCUACAGGGGAACGCUAGGCUAGUGCCUCAAACGAUGGACUCAAUUUGGGGCAACACAGGUCGAGUGGUCAUUUCCUGACAAAAAAAAAGACUUAAUGUCGGUGAAAUGGGGAAAAAAAAAAGCCUAUUAUGGCAUCUAUGGCCGUGACGAUUACGGCAUUAUGUCAUUGUACGCUUCUGUUGACUACUGUGGGAGGUAGAAAAAACAUGCAAAAUUGUACAAAACCAUGCUUAAGAUGAAAAUAUCCUGAAGGUUACAUACGUGGUACUUUUACUUUUUGUUAACUGUAGUUGCACGAAUAAGGUUUUCUUUACUGAAAAAUGUGACUUCCUGAACUUUGGUGGUACUUAUGUUCAUACUUUUGUUCUGCCAUUUUUUUUUAAGUGUUAUAUUAAAAGAUGCUCCAAUCUUGAAUGCUACUUCAGCAUAUAAAUGAGAAAAAAAAUAUUUAUAGGACUUUUGACGUAGUAGAUAAAGCAGAUUAUCAUAUGUAUAAUUAGCCCUUCAGAUGGAUUCCAAAGAUACUUUUACUUGGUUCUCUCUUGGUUACAGGGGGAAAGAAAGGCACAAAGCUCUUAAUGCAAAUGUUUUGAUUUUGUUAUGGAACAAUUUUUAAUCCCACGCAAGCAAUUCAUUAAUUAAAAUGGUCUUUAGAUUUCCCUUCAAAAGUUUUGUCUUCAUCCUAUUUUUCUAUUCACCUCACAGGUGAAAUAAAUCCUAAAGAAAU